AUAUAUUCUAGAAAGUAGACCGAUCCGAACCUUACAUGCUCUUAUUAUCAAUACCUCCCGUUAUACUCUAAUUGAUGAAAUAUCAGAAGAAAUUAGAACAAGUUUCUAGAGAGCCCAUUCAAUAUGCCACUCCACCAGCUCCUACCGGACACCCAAAGUCUCACCGAAGAUCAAAUUAAAGUCCUCGAACAGCAAAUCAAAGUCGACAUAAUUGCCGUUCAUGGCUUGAAUCCAUGGUCCAAAACGGACACGCAACACGCCUGGGAUACAUGGCAAAAACCCGCGGGACUAAAUGGGAGACUAUGGCUACGGGAUGAUUUGAAAGAAAAGACCCCGGAGGCUCGUGUCUUCUUAUAUCAAUACAAUUCGAAGCUAGUUUGGGGUGGAGAUAAAGCCAGCUUCCUUCUGAAGGCAGAUGAAUUUCUUGAAGCAAUUCGCUUGAAACGGAAGAAGACACCCCAACGACCGAUAAUUUUCAUUGGCCAUAGUUUAGGCGGACUUCUUAUUGAACAGGCCUUAGUGAACUCGCAUAACAGUCGGCGAUAUGGCUCUAUUGAGAAAGCAACCACCGGCUUGGUCUUUUUCGGUACACCUCAUGGUGGCGGUAAUCCUACACUAGUAACCAUCGGAUCUGCUGCUGCUCGGGUCGCCCGUGUGCUCGGAGCACAGAAGAGUAUGGACAUUGAACAAACUCUUCAAAGCGGUUCUCUAUUUACGGAAAUCUUACAGCAUAGCUUCCGCAAUCAGUUGAUGAAUUACCAGAUUGUCAGCUUCUGGGAAGGAAAAGGCAACAUCGUGGACCGAAAAAGCGCAAUGUUUGGCUUGCCAGACCACGUUGAGCAAGACGUAGAAUUAAAAGCUACCCAUGGUGAUAUGUGUCGCUUCGACACCGAAAAUGAAGAAGACAAGGAGAUUUUCAACAUUGUCUGGGGCAACCUAGAAGAUUUGUACGACAAGGCAUUAGAACGCGCUCGAGAAAAGUGGAACGUCCUAGAGUGGCUGCAUCACGGUCCAGUUGAUACACGACAUCUUGACAUACAACAAGCUCGCAGAGGUAAUGGCCAGUGGCUGAUACGGCAUGACAUAUUUCAAGGCUGGAUUGCCAACAAUAUAAGCAGUCGUAUUCUAUGGGCUAAUGGCAUAGCUGGGUCAGGAAAGACAUUCUUGAGCUCAUUCAUAAUUGACCACCUCUUUUCACUAACGGCAACUUCCACUUAUGGUGUUGCAUAUAUCUAUCUUGAGUUUCAAGAAAGUACUCGUCAAACAUCCCACUUCAUUCUCAGCUGUUUACUAAAACAACUCGCUGAUCAAAAUGAUGCGGUGAUGGACUAUGUGAAAUCUCGAAAGAGGAUACUAGAUAUUGAGCAUCGCGUUCUUUCAACCCAAGACAUUAUAGACUGCCUAAUAGCAUCGGUAUCAAUGUACGAAAGAAUAUUCAUUGUCAUCGACGCACUUGAUGAGCAGGGUGAUAUAAAACUGAGAGAACAGUUACUGCAGGAUCUUCAUAAAAUUGUCCACGUCGGCGCUUUCUGUUACGUGACAAGCCGCCCGAAUAUCCGUGGCUCGUUUCGAGACGUCGAGCACUUGGAAAUUCAGCCGGCGGAUGAGGAUAUUAGAGCUUAUGUUGAAGAUUAUAUCGAUAAUCACCCAUCUGCCCGGGCACUGUUAGGGCAGUCAUUUAGAGAGAAGGUCGUGGAUCGGCUUACAGAAUGUGCCGACGGAAUGUUUCUGCCUGUCAGAUUUCAGAUAGAAUAUCUUUGCCAACAAACUACACUGAGAGAGGUCAUGAAUCAAUUGGACACACUUAGCGAAACAAUGAAAGCGGAAUAUAUCCUGGACACUUCAUACGAACGAGCAAUUAAAUGUGUUCAAGGCCAGCCAGCACCCAAGAGGAAUCUAGCUCACAGCAUCUUCCGCUGGCUCAUUGCAUCUAAACGGAUCUUAACAGUGAUGGAACUGUGCACUGCAUUAGCUGUGGCUGAAGGGGCUAGUGAGAUAGACGAACUAGCAAUUCCAUCCAGCGACAUGGUUAUAGAUGUAUGUGGCGGAUUUGUGACUCUUGAUGAAGCCAGUAAGAGUGUCCGUAUAGCACACGCAACUGCUAAGGACUAUCUUUUGAAAGUAUUGCCUGAGCUAGCUAAGCCCGAUCAAAGCUUAGCCGUUAUUCUUGCAACAUACCUCACUUUCAACAGUUUUGAAGUUAGCCACCCAAUGUCGCAGGAGAGUUUCAAUAAACGUCGAGAGAUAUUUCCACUUUUAGACUAUGCUGCUCAUAAUCUUAGUCUACACGCGAUUUCUCGAGAUGGCACAGCGAACACUCAGCUAGAUGAUAUCAUAUUCAGAAUAGUGACAACACCGGGGUUGGCUUGGUCAUUCUUACAAGCAUUUUAUGCUCCUUCUGAUACAUCGACCGGAUAUGAUUGGUUUCCCCGAGAAAGCUCAUCAUUACAUGUGGCAACCACGAUUGGACUAAUCGGGGUUGUUAAGAGACUCUUGAAAGAUGAAAAAUAUGACUCUCAAAUAUCGGAGAAAAAUGUUAAAGGCCAGACUCCAUUGCACAUAGCGGCAAUAUAUGGUCGAUUGGAUAUUGCAGAAUACUUUCUGCAAAAAGACGCCGACUCCGCUGAUCCAGAUAGGUAUGGAUUCACGCCAUUCUUAUACGCAGCUAGUGAAGGCCACAUCGCCAUCGUGGAAUUGUUUCUCAAAGACAAAAAGGUCAGGCCGGAACUAGUAAAGUCGACUCUAAAUAAUGGAGACACUGCACUUCACCUUGCUGCUGCAAAGGGACAUCACGCUGUAGCCCUACUACUCUUACAGUCGGAUGCACAAGUUGAUGCGAAGAACAAAAAGGGUGUCACCCCGAAGGAUUUGGCGAUGAAGUCUACAUCUGUGUCAAUGCAGAACACUAUAAUAUCCUGGCUGGACAUGAAGUCUGAUAACCAACAAGAAAGUCACAGGUCGUUUUACCGACCGAUUUGGGGUGGCAUUCAAGGCAUGGUUGUGGAUAUCGUGGGCAGGGCAGUAGAUCGAAUUUCAACUCCCCGAACAGAUGCGAAUGAAAGUCGAAGCUUGACCCCAGCUCGUGGGGUGACUCCAAGGCGUUCUGCAGAGCAAAGUCGUCCUCUCUUUGAACAAAACGUUGUUCAAACCCCCGAAGCCAAUGAAGUACCCAGAGACAGCGAGGGAGAUACCUCAUCUCAGAACUCCCUCAUAAGCUUUUCAGAUUUCGAACGUAAUACUCAUUACGUGCUACCCGCUAGUAUGUUCGAGCGAGUCAUUGAGCUUUCGGAUCGUCAAUGUAUGCUUGUGGACACAACCGCGGCGAAUAACAGCGAAAGUCAGCACCCAAGUCAAGACCCCCUCCGUUUAAAAUGGGUGUGCCUUUUAGAAGCUGACACUAAUCUACGCUGUCUCUUCACCGGGCUUCCCAAGGGUCGGUACAAAGCAGUUUGGAAAUUCACGUAUAUGGUUACCUCCCAGACCCACCGCGCGCAUCUAUUUGCAAACACUUACAACUGCACAUUUGGUCGAGCCGUUGACCAGGAAAUGUUCAUCGCACGGACUACAAAUCCUCUGCAGCCAUUCAUCUCGACAAUUUUGAAUUUUAUUGACCCGAGGCAGACUUCUCAGCUUACAGUUCCACAGUAUGAGCCCCUUGAGGGUGAAAUUCCUAAUAUAGUCAUUCAUAGGGUUCAUACGAACCUUGCUGUGAAUUUGGAAACAACUAUGGAUCUAAUGGUAGAUUGGGAUGGUCCGGUGGCCUUUCUGAUUAAGAAAGUUGGACUUACAUUCGCGGCGGGAUUUCUUUCUUUUAACUCUGUGGAGAUGGUGAAGAUCAAUCAAAGAGAGAGUGAGGAGAUGCUUCCAAUGCCUCUGGAGGUGCGAUAG